AUGGCUGAAAUGACUGACGAGCAGCUGAAAGAACUAGUCCAUGCUCUGGUUCUGAACGUUGAUUUGAAAACAACCGGUCUAAAUAAGUUCAUCAAACUGCUUUCGAAAGAAGUUGGCUAUGAUCUCAAGGCAAAGAAAUCUUAUAUAAAGCAAGCCUUAACCGAUGCUAUCAACGCCAUGGAAACGGAAGAAGAAUCGGAGGAAAGCGACAGUGAUGUGCCAGUUCUCAAACCAAAACGGAAAGGAGGUGGUGGCCUUUCUGCGAAAAAGGAGAUCAGCGACGCCUUGGCAAAUUUCUUAGGAAAAGGAAAAGAAAUGGCUCGUACCGACAUUGUCAAAAGUCUCUGGGAGUACAUUCGCGAGCACAACCUACAAAAUCCCGAAAACAAAAAAGAAAUUAUACUCGACGACGCCAUGCGCGAUGUUUUCGGCUGCGAUCGCUUUACAAUGUUUACAAUGAACAAAUACAUUGGAGCGCAUGUCAGCCCUUUCAAGGCCGUAGAUUUGAAUACAAAUUCGACACCUUCCAAGCCUCGGAAACGAAAGGUCUCUACCAAGGCAUCCGGGGAGAAAAAGAAGCGCCAACCUGGUACACAACCACCCUAUCGGCUUUCUGCCGAGCUGGCCGAGAUUACUGGUGAAGCAAUAUUACCGCGACCCCAAGUCGUUUCAAAAAUCUGGGAAUACAUCAAAGCCAACGAGCUGCAAAAUCCGAGCGACAAACGUGAGAUACUUUGUGACGAGAAACUGCGAGCUGUUAUGAAGAAACCCAAGGUAACAAUGUUCAACAUGAACAAGUAUAUUUCGCCGCACAUUUUGGAACGUGUCGAAAGAGUCGUUCCCAAUGAUGUUGGAGUUGAUAGCGAAGCAAGCAGUGAUGUAUGA